AUGGGUGGAGAUCGCUUACUAACACCUGAAGAGGUGCAACGAUUGCAGGAGACAACAACUCUCUCCGAGGCUCAAAUUGUUCGACUACACAAUCGAUUUAUAAUGUUGGAUCAUGAUGCCAAGGGAAACAUAUCCAGAAAAUCAUUUAGCACAAUAGCUUCUUUGGCUUCAAACCCGCUACUGGGACGAGUGUUAGCUGUGGUAGACGCAAAUGGCGACGACAAGAUUGAUUUUAUAGAAUUCGCAAAAGCUCUUUCUGUAUUCUUACCGCAAGCUGACAAGCGUGAAAAACUACGUUUUACAUUUAAGAUGUAUGAUAUUGAUGGGGAUGACAAGAUCAGCAAUAAAGAUCUCUUUGAGACACUGAAAAUCAUGGUGGGGACAAAUCUUACGGAAGUUCAACUACAACAAGUUGUGGACAAAACAUUUAUUGAAGUUGAUUUGAAUCGUGAUGGAUAUAUCACAUUUGAUGAAUUUGAAAAGUUAGGCCUUUCAAACACUUUUGGUAAUAGACUCAAUUUGCAAAUCUAG